AAGGACCCGGCUGACGAGGAGAGGAUGCUGUUCUGUGACUUGUGCGACCGCGGGUACCACAUCUACUGCGUAGGCCUGCGUAAAGUGCCGAAUGGGAGAUGGCAUUGCCAGGUGUGCUCGGUUUGCAACUCAUGCGGUACCACCGACCCGGGAGGAUCAGACUGGCAACACGAGUACAAAAAAGAGAAGAACGUAAAAGUGUAUCUACAAACGCUUUGUGGAUCUUGCGACAGGCAAUGGCGUAAGGGAUAUUACUGCCAAAUCUGUUUGAGAUGCUACACGAAAAAGCCCGAGGAGGAGCAGAAUCUAAUCAAAUGCACAGCCUGUGAUCGAUGGAUGCAUAGUGAAUGCUGCAAAAGUGCCGGAGGUGGAAUAAUAAUGGGGAAUUCAGUUCUCUGCGAACUCUGCCAGGAGAGAGCCAUGCCAAAGAGUGUUCAGAAAAAUCGCGAACGCCUUGGAUCUUAUUAAACCUAACCUAUUCGGUAUUUACUGUCUAUAAUAGACAAACAAUAAAUAAUAUCUUGAUAAUCAUUAUAGAUAUUACAUAGUACCUUUUUAAAAAUGUUUUUAAAUGUACACAGCAAAAAGAACACUUGAAAAUGGCUCAAACGAGCUGAAACUAGUUUCAUAAAAUAGUUUCCAAAAAAGGGUACUGUGUUAUUUCUAUAUCAAUCAACAGUUAUUCAAGUAGAACCUUUGAAAUAUUUUAUUAGAUAAUAUAUCUAGUAUCUAGUCGAAAGUGAAUGAAAUUAUACAUUUAAAAUGUUAUACAUCCCGUCAUACUAUAGUAUCUUGAAAACACUGAUAUUAACUAUCAAUAUUACUAUAUAGCAUUGUGAAAACAUUAAUAUUAACUAUCAAUAUUACUAUUUAAUAUCAUGUAAUUUAAAUCAUACUGCAGUAUUAUUUAUUUAUUUAUACAUUGAUAGAUGCAAUAUAAUUCUCAACUAUGAAUGAUUGGGAAAGGAACACCAGGCUUAAAGCCCUAAACUGUUCCUUUCUCAAAUUUGGAAAAAUAAUAAAUUAUGGUUUAUAUUACAGUAUAAACAUUAAUAAUAAUCAAUUACCAAUGGCGGUACUAAUUGAUAAUAUGAUAAUAAUAUUCAAUUGCUAGUUUUAUUAGAAAAUUUAUAAUUAUAUAAUAAUUUCUCUGAUUGCCAAUGAAUUGCAACCAGAGGAGUUUAUUGACAAAACAUAUAGGUACAUAAUUAUUAUAUUAUACAGGGUUGUGCAGAGGAAACGCAUGUUUUUCGAACAGCCAGUAUUCGUCAACGGGAGAGGGUAUUGUCCUGGAACGAAUGUUGGCAGACGACCCAUACUAUGCCAUUUUCAGUUGCAACAUUUCAGUUGCUUUAAGCGUUGGAACGUACAACAUCGUGUGUUCGCUGUUAAGCAGUUUUUUAGAAAAAAUGAAUCUGUAGUCACGGUGCAAUGCUUUUUCGUCAAUAGUUGAGGGUCGGGGUGCAAUGCCCGAUCGAAAUACUGUACUCCGAUGUGUUGCAGCGUUUAGGAGUACUAGUUCUGUGAUGAAAAAGAAACCACCUGGUCUUCCCCGUUCCCCGGAAAGUGUAGACCGAGUCAGAACGGCAGUUGUUACUAGUCCUAGACGAUCGACUCGACGACACUGACUCGGUCUACAUUUUCAGGAGUACGAACUGAACGGGAAAGACCAGGUGGUUUCUUUUUCAUCACAGAACUAGUACUCCUAAACGCUGCAACCCAUCGGAGUACAGUAUUUCGAUCGGGCAUUGCACCUCGACGCCCAACUCUAAAAUAUUGACG